GUUGUGAAUCAGGCAAUGCCAUCUUUGAACGGAGACGCUGAACCUGAUACUAACUUCAUUCUUCGGCACGAUAGCUGGCAGGAUCCUGAAUAUAUACUCCAGGACACAGUUAGUUUGUUUGGAGUGUCGAGGGAUGGGGAGGAAAUAAGUUUUGUUCAGGUGAAGGAAGGUGUUGACGUCUACUCCUCUCGUCAUGGACCGUUCCUGUACAUAUCUCAGUACAAUCUUGCAACACAUAUCAUUACUAUUAGUACAGAUGCAUUCUUGAAGUUCACCGAAUCCUUGGGAUCGCCUAAAGUCAAACUUAUAUUCGUCGCAAAUACAGGCCGAUGUGGAUCCACGCUGUUAGCUCAAAUGUUUGAAAACUUGUCAGGUUUGAAGGUGUUAUCUGAGCCCCACAGUAUUCUCACCCUUCUUCUACUGUAUAACAGAGGAAUAAUAACAGAGGAAAGAUACAGGCUUCUUACUUACUCAAUACUCAAGACUCUAGUUACCUUUAAGGAUGAAUCAAUCCAUACAAUAGUGAUCAAGCCGGUGUUCAAGUGUACUCCACAAAUCAAGAUGUUCAGUCAAAUGUUUCCUGGCAGCAAGAUCAUUUUCCUGUACAGAAAUAUUAAGGAUAACGUCGACUCAUUCAUGCGCGUCAUGAUCAGCUUCAGCAGAUACGCUUUCUUAUUUGCAGGUAAGGAUGAGAUGCUAGGGUACUGGAUCAACGACCUCCCCCUCCCCUCCCCCGCGAACCAGUACAGAUGGGCCAAGGAUCCUGCCUUGUUGAAUGGAUUGACCCUGGCAUCUGCUAUUGGAUUCAACUGGUGUUGUACAGUUGCCUGUAUCAAAACAUUUAUUCAGGAGGGGUUGGACGUGUUGCACAUGGAUUACAAGGAGCUGGUCUCCAAGCAUGAAGAGAGCUGGAAAGUUCUAGCAACCUUCUCCCAGCUUCCACAGACUACAGAGGGGAAACCUCUAGAAGCAUACAACAAGGAUUCUCAAGCAGGAGCAUUUCUAAGCAGGGGCGUUCUUUCUACAGCGAGAAUUAAGAAGAAGGAGCAAGCUAUAAUAGACCUGGAGAUACAGAAACUUUUGACUGCCUUUAACCUUCUCAGGCCGGUCCAGGAGGAACUAGAGAGUAUACGAGGAGUUCUGGACAAGGAAAAUGAUUGACAAUUAAAUUCAGCUCGAGAGUCCGGAUAGUUCGUACAAAAUUGACUUCCGGUUUCUUCUCGAGAUCAUACAAACUUCCGGUUAAAUCUGGAACACAAAAUGUGAGUUCCUUCUAACAUCUAGCGAAAAAUGGACUUCCUGCUACAUCUAGCAAAAAAGGACUUCCAGUUUCACUUUAA